CCUUGUCUUUAGACGGAGUACUUCAAAACUUGCUGCAACCAUCUGAAGUGGUUACUUUUUUGGUUAGAACAACCUCCUGAACCAGCUCACUUGCCUGGUCAUAUGGACAUUGUCUCAGACCAGAGGAGGAAGAAGUGUGUUGGUAGGAAAGAGGGGACAACUGCACUCUUGAUACAGUCACGCUCUUGUGGCAGGAGGAGGCUAUUGACCUGAGAUGGAAGUCAAAACAUCAUUUAGCAAAAACAGUAGGACUUCUGAAACUGUAUCCACAUUAAUUAAUGAAGAAUUUGUCCUGGUUCAUCAGCAAUCUGAAGACACCUGUGGAAAAGAUGAAAAACCUCGGCUAAAGGUAUUUGCAAGUGGAGAUGAUCAGCUGGAGAAGGCAAUGGAAGAGAUACUGAGGGAUUCUGAAAAAGACCAGAAUGAUUUCACUGUUCUUCAAGAAGGUUCCAGUGAUGCCUGCAGCCAGGCAGCUGGAGAUAGGUCAUCAGGUCAAACAUAUCAACCAUCUUUGCACCUUGUUUUAGACCCUUCUACUACAGAAAUCUCUGCACCAAGGCCAUCUUCUCCCAGUGAACCCCUGGAAGAGGACAGCGUAUUGUUUAACAAACUGACUUAUUUAGGUAGCACAAAGGUGUCUGCCCCUCGAAAUGAACCAGAAGCUCUACAUGCCAUGGCAAACAUGAAAUCCUCAAGUCGGGCCCCUUUACCUGUAACGCUUUAUGUUCCAAACAUUCCAGAAGGCUCUGUAAGAAUAAUAGAUCAAUCAAACAAUGUGGAGAUUGCCUCUUUUCCAAUCUAUAAGGUGUUGUUUUGUGUGCGUGGACAAAAUGGGACUUCAGAGAGUGACUGUUUUGCAUUUACUGAAAGCAGCUGUGGAACUGAAGAGUUCCAGAUUCAUGUUUUCUCCUGUGAGAUUAAAGAGGCAGUCAGCCGGAUUUUAUAUAGUUUCUCAACAGCAUUUAAACGGUCUUCCAAACAAGCAUCUGAUCAUGUUAAGGACUUUGUUCUUCCUACUCCAGAUAGUGAUGUGUACACUUUCAGUGUUUCCCUAGAAGUCAAAGAAGAUGAUGGAAAAGGGAAUUUUAGCCCUGUGCCAAAGGAUAGAGAUAAGUUAUAUUUCAAACUUAAACAGGGAAUUGAGAAGAAAGUGGUAAUUACAGUUCAGCAACUUUCAAACAAAGAACUAGCCAUUGAAAGGUGCUUCGGGAUGCUACUAAGCCCUGGACGAAAUGUGAAGAACAGUGACAUGCAUUUACUAGACAUGGAAUCCAUGGGGAAGAGUUCUGAUGGGAAGGCUUAUGUAAUUACUGGAAUGUGGAAUCCUAAUGCACCCAUGUUUCUAGUACUUAAUGAGGAAACUCCUAAAGAUAAGCGUGUGUUCAUGACUGUGGCAGUGGAUAUGGUUGUUACUGAAGUAGUAGAGCCAGUCCGCUUUUUGCUGGAGACCGUUGUGCGUGUGUACCCUGCCAACGAACGCUUCUGGUACUUCAGCAGAAAAACCUUCACAGAAACUUUUUAUAUGAAGCUAAAGCAGUCUGAAGGGAAAAGUCACACAAGUGCUGGGGAUGCAAUUUAUGAAGUUGUCAGUCUACAAAGAGAAUCUGCAAGAGAGGAAGAACUGGUCAGCCCGACAAGUGGAGGAGGGCCUAUGUCAUCAUCCCAAGAGGAUGAGGCAGAAGAAGAGAGUGAUAAUGAACUCUCCAGUGGCACUGGUGAUGUGUCAAAGGAUUGUCCUGAGAAGAUUUUGUAUUCCUGGGGAGAAUUACUGGGCAGAUGGCACAAUAAUCUUGUUGUGAGGCCAAAUGGAUUAUCUACCCUGGUGAAAAGUGGGGUUCCAGAAGCGCUAAGGGCGGAGGUGUGGCAGUUGCUGGCAGGAUGCCACGACAGCCAGGCAAUGCUGGAUAAAUACAGAGUUCUCAUCACUAUGGAUUCUGCUCAAGAGAGUGUCAUUACACGAGAUAUUCAUCGGACAUUUCCAGCACAUGAUUAUUUCAAAGAUACAGAAGGAGACGGUCAGGAAUCUCUAUACAAAAUCUGUAAGGCAUACUCUGUCUAUGAUGAAGACAUUGGCUAUUGCCAGGGACAGUCUUUCCUUGCAGCUGUGCUUCUACUUCAUAUGCCAGAGGAGCAGGCAUUCUGUGUAUUUGUGAAAAUAAUGUAUGACUAUGGCUUGAGGGAACUCUACAGAAAUAACUUUGAAGAUCUCCAUUGCAAAUUUUUCCAGCUGGAGAAGUUAAUGCAGGAGCAGUUACCAGACUUGUAUAGCCAUUUCUCAGACCUCAACUUGGAAGCUCAUAUGUAUGCAUCCCAGUGGUUCCUCACUCUUUUUACUGCCAAGUUUCCACUCUGCAUGGUCUUCCACAUCAUUGACUUACUACUUUGUGAGGGUAUGAACAUAAUCUUCCAUGUAGCUUUGGCUCUCCUAAAGACCUCAAAAGAGGACCUUCUACAAGCUGAUUUUGAAGGAGCUUUGAAAUUCUUCAGGGUUCAGUUGCCCAAGAGGUACAGAGCUGAAGAGAACGCCAGAAGACUGAUGGAACAAGCCUGCAACAUUAAGGUGCCAACAAAGAAGCUGAAGAAAUAUGAGAGAGAGUACCAAACCAUGCGAGAGAGUCAGCUGCAGCAGGAAGAUCCUAUGGACAGAACAUCAAGAAUUAGGAAAAUCUUUGAUUGA